UUGGGUAUAACAAACUUCUUGAGAAAAAAUUUCAGAUGCAUAAAAUAGUUGCGGUAGUAUGUUUUAUUUUUACUGCACCUUUAGCAAAAGGAAAUCCAGAUUAUGACCAGGACAGAAACUUUACGUUUUUACCAAUUUUUCCGGAUAAUUAUGUUCAGAAUACAACAAUGGACAUUGAUGCCUACAUCAAUUUGAAUAGACAACAACAUGAACAAACUAUUCGUGAAUUCGAUAUAAAAAUUGAAAUUUUCAAUCAAACUUAUGCGGCAAGUCUUGAAAUAAUGAAUAAACAACUUGAACUGUUGAUCUUUGAGCUGCAACAGGCUGAUGAAAAAUUAGAUCCAUUAGUAGUUAUUAGUGAAUUUAGCAAGGAAUGUGUUAAUAAAUAUCGUCAUAUUAUACCUCAAAUUGUUAAUACCAGAUCAAGAAUGGUUAAUUGUAUAAAUCAGGCUGUUCACAAAUUGCCCAAUUUGUUGGUUGAUGUAAUUCAGAUUAGAAAUUACUUGGAUAACUAUUACAAGAAUACAUUUGAAACUAAUAUAUUAAGCUGUCAAAGGUUAAAUGCAAAAAGUCCCCAUAACAUUACGCUUUGUAUAACACAAGUGGUCGCUGACACUAACACUUAUACGAUCGUCAAUCAAAAACAGUUUGCUUAUAAAAUAGACACUCUUCUGUGUGGCUGUAAUCUAAUAUUAAAACAGACAUUGGAUUGUAGUUUUGCUGUUGAAAGUGAAACAAUUUCAGCCAUUGCUGAGGCUGUCACAUUAAUUAAUAGGUGUCUGGCGGGUCUAGAUAAUUGUAAACAGACAUGUACCGGUAACUCAUGUGAAGAUGUUUACUUAAUGGAUCGUAGUGAAGUUGAUUUUAGCUCUAAAGUUAUGGGAAAUCCAUUCUUUGCACGCAAUGAUGUCAAAAAUUGUCUAAUGAUAAAAAUCAAAUAAACAAAAUCUUAUUAUCGAUUUUGUGACUAAAAGGCUAUAAAUCUGAAAAAAGUUUACAAAAAAAUUAAUCAUAACCAGUUUAGGAGAAAUUUAAAACUCUUCAUUUAGAAUUAAGCAUAAU